ACUUCAACACGUGCGCCGCGUUAGUUUUGUUUUCCCAUAAAAAUGACUAAAAAACUAACACUUAAGCGCAAAGGAAAGGAGCCGGAGCCCACCAAUGAAGUAGCCGCCAGCUCCGAGGCUUCUGACAACGAGGAAGAGGAGGACCUGCUCCAAGCUGUCAAGGAUCCUGGCGAGGACUCUACCGAUGACGAGGGUAUAGACCAGGAGUACCUAUCGGACAGCAAUGAGGAAGUGGAGUUCGAGAGCGACGAGGAGGGCAAUUACUUGGGCAGAAAACAAGCGGGGGGCAGUUCGGCUGAGGAUGAUGAAGACAGCGACGAUGAAGACGAAGAGGAGGAGGAGGAUGAAGAUGACGAAGAUGAGUCUGAGGAGGAGAAAAUUGAAGAGGCUGCUAGUACAUCCAAGAAAAUCACAGCGGAUGACAAGCCCAGCAGCAGCAGCAGCGGCGAAAACAAAUCCAGCAUUAAUGAGCCCCCAAAGAGAGAUCCAUCCAAGCCGGAGUACCAGGACUCGGACACCUCCGACGAGGAGGAUAUACGCAACACUGUGGGCAACAUUCCCAUGCACUGGUACGACGAAUACAAGCACAUCGGCUAUGAUUGGGAUGCCAAGAAGAUAGUGAAGCCGGAGCAGGGCGAUCGCAUUGACGAGUUUCUGCGCAAAAUCGAGGACCCAGACUUCUGGCGCUCGGUGAAGGACCCACUGACCGGCCAGGAAGUACGGCUCACAGAUGAGGACAUUGCCUUGAUCAAGCGCAUCAGCAAGGGUCGCAUUGCCAACGAGGAUCACGAUGAGUACGCUCCCUGGAUCGAAUGGUUCACCUCCGAGGUGGAGAAAAUGCCCAUCAAGAAUGUGCCGGACCACAAACGCUCUUUCCUGCCCUCCGUGUCCGAGAAGAAACGGGUCUCGCGUAUGGUGCACGCCCUCAAGAUGGGCUGGAUGAAGACCACCGAGGAGGUGGAGCGUGAGAAGCAGGCCAAGCGGGGACCCAAGUUCUACAUGCUGUGGGAGACUGACACCAGUCGCGAGCAUAUGCGUCGCAUUCACGAUCCCGUCUCAGCGCCCAAGCGCGACCUGCCCGGCCAUGCCGAGUCAUAUAAUCCGCCGCCAGAGUACUUGUUCGACGCCAAGGAAACCAAGGAGUGGCUCAAGCUUAAGGACGAGCCACACAAACGUAAGCUCCACUUCAUGCCCCAGAAAUUCAAGUCGCUGCGCGAGGUGCCCGCCUACUCGAGAUACCUACGCGAGCGCUUCCUGCGCUGCCUGGACCUGUAUCUCUGUCCGCGUGCCAAGCGCGUCAAACUAAACAUCGAUGCCGAAUACCUCAUCCCCAAGUUGCCUUCGCCGCGUGACCUGCAGCCCUUCCCCACGGUGGAGAGUCUGGUCUAUCGCGGUCACACCGAUCUGGUGCGCUCCGUCAGCGUGGAGCCCAAGGGCGAGUACCUUGUCUCCGGCUCGGAUGACAAGACCGUCAAGAUUUGGGAAAUCGCUACGGGCCGUUGCAUUCGCACAAUUGAGACCGACGAGGUGGUUCGUUGCGUUGCUUGGUGCCCCAAUCCCAAGCUCUCCAUUAUCGCGGUGGCCACUGGCAGCAGACUGCUGUUGGUCAAUCCCAAGGUGGGCGACAAGGUGCUGGUGAAGAAGACUGACGACCUGCUGGCCGAGGCGCCCAAACAGGAUGUUAUCGAGAGCGAGCGCAUCAAGGUGGCGGUGCAGUGGUCCACAGCAGAGGCUGACGAGCAGGAGAAGGGCGUCCGGGUGGUCAUUACGCACUUCAAACCCAUUCGCCAAGUAACUUGGCACGGGCGCGGUGACUAUCUGGCCACGGUGAUGCCAGAGGGCGCCAACCGAUCCGCCCUGAUCCAUCAACUGUCCAAGCGACGCUCACAGAUUCCAUUCUCCAAGAGCAAGGGCCUUAUCCAGUGUGUGCUCUUCCAUCCGGUGAAGCCGUGCUUCUUUGUGGCGACGCAGCACAACAUUCGCAUCUAUGACUUGGUCAAGCAAGAACUGGUAAAAAAGCUAUUGACCAACUCAAAGUGGAUUUCAGGCAUGUCCAUCCAUCCCAAGGGCGACAAUCUACUCGUGUCCACCUACGACAAGAAGAUGCUCUGGUUCGACUUGGAUCUGUCCACCAAACCUUAUCAGACCAUGCGCCUCCAUCGCAAUGCCGUGCGCAGUGUGGCCUUCCAUCUCCGCUAUCCGCUCUUUGCCUCUGGCAGCGAUGACCAGGCUGUGAUUGUCUCCCACGGCAUGGUCUACAAUGACUUGCUGCAGAAUCCAUUGAUUGUCCCGCUGAAAAAGCUGCAGACGCACGAGAAGCGCGACGAGUUCGGUGUGCUGGACGUGAGCUGGCAUCCUGUGCAGCCAUGGGUAUUUUCCACGGGCGCUGACUGCACCAUCAGGCUAUACACGUAGAUAAGGAGCAGCGAUUCCUAUAAGCUAGUUGGUUCUGCAGACAGUUUUUGUGAAGUUUA